GUGCGGGCCAGAUGUGCCCCGGCAAGGCUGCCGCGCCCUGCGGGGAGAGGGCCGGCGAGUGCCGCGCGCGCUGCAACGACGUCAGCCUGUUCAUGCAGGGCGAGGGACAGCAGUGCGGCGCGAGUGGCUCGGGCGGGCACUUCUGCGGCUCAAGCCGCGGGCUCGCCGCUGGGCUCGCCGAGCACCUGCGGGGCGGCGGG